AAAUAUCAAGUACAGCGCUUGAAUGUCAAAAUCUGACCCAGAAAUAUCAUUCAAAGGACGAUGGCUUUGUAGCACCCCAGGUUCCCGUAAAUACCCCAAAGAAAGUAUCCGGUCAGCGUGCAUUGUCAGCGGAGAACCGGCCGACCAUGGGGCCCCUCACGACGCCUAAAAAAGGAAGGGAAGUGGGUUCAGUCGACCCCUGGACGCCGACCUCCAACCUUAAAAUGCUCAUCAGCGCGGCCAGCCCCGACAUCAGGAACCGAGAGAAGGAGCUGUGCAUGGACACCGACGGGCGGGAAGGUGUUGACUCCAUGCAGGACGCUGAGAACGGAGAAGAGUCCGAGAAGAUGAUCAGCCGGAAAGAGAAGAGUCUGGGUUUGCUCUGUCACAAAUUCCUCGCCCGCUACCCAGAUUGCCCGAACCCCGCCCUGAACAACGACAUCUGCCUGGAUGAUGUGGCCACUGAGCUCAAUGUGGAACGUCGGCGCAUCUACGACAUCAUGAACGUGCUGGAGAGUCUGCACAUGGUGAGCCGCUCCGCCAAGAACCGGUACACGUGGCACGGCCGGACGAAGCUGGCUCAGACUCUGGCCAUCUUGAAGCAGGUGGGCGAGGAGCACAGGUACGGCCAGCAGAUGCAGCAGAUCCGGCAGCGUCUCCUGGACAAGGAGUUCGACUUUGACGAGGAGGAGAAGGAGAACAAGGAGAUGGUGGUGGUGGACCUGGAGAGCGGGGAGCAGGGACAGAAGGAGCUCUUCUUCGUGGAGCUUCCAGGAGUAGAGUUCAAAGCAGCCUCUGUUAACAGUCGGAAGGACAAAUCUCUGAGGGUGAUGAGCCAGAAGUUUGUCAUGCUCUUCCUGGUGUCUAAUCCUCGCGUGGUCAGUCUGGACGUGGCCGCCAAGAUCCUGAUCGGAGAGGACCAGGGUGCCGAUCAAGACAAGAACAAGUUCAAGACCAAAGUGCGCCGGCUGUACGAUAUAGCUAAUGUGCUGCGGAGCCUGAAGCUCAUCGAGAAAGUCCACGUGACGGAAGAGCGGGGGAGGAAACCGGCUUUCGAAUGGGUCGGCCCCGAAGAAUUCCCACAAAUCAAAGACUUGGAGGACUCCACAUCCGAAUGUUCCUCCAAGAAGAAAAGUGUGCUGGAGUCCCGUGCGUCCGUAGACAACUGUGCCAAAAACUUGUUUUCAGCAUCGGGUGCUAAACGCAGCUUCACCCGACACCCCUCCCUCAUAAAGCUGGCAAAGAGCAUUCAGGACGACCGUCGCAAGAUCAAUUCUGCUCCCAGCAGUCCCGUCAAGAGUUCCCCCGGCGAUUCGUCGAACACCGACUUCCCAAACAAAAUGGCCCAACUUGCUGCUAUUUGUAAGAUUGAACUAGAUCAGAGGACUGGAGCUAAACAUCCAAAGCCUGCUGCUGCUGCUGCUGCUGCUGAGGUGGACACGGCUUCUGUGAGGCUACAGCCGACCUCUUCCAUUUCAAAGGAGCCGCCUCAGGCACUGUUUCUAACUCCAACCCAUGAGCCCAGAGCCAACACUACGGUCCACGUCACCCCCCACACCUCGCUGACAUACAUCUCCACACAAUGUUCAUCCCUGAUCCCUGUGUUGUUACCUCAGCAGCGGGGCGGUGGGCCCUACGCUGUGUAUCUGCAGCCUUCUUCCGCCAGGCCGAACCCCCUGGCCAGGCCGCAGCCCACCAGCCUCGCCGUGCGCUCUAUGACCUUUGAGGAUAAGACCGGGCAGAGCCCGACCGGCCAGUUUGCACCAAAGAGUCAGUCGGCCUCCAGGGCGUCAGACGCCAGCCCCUUGGCGCUCAAACGUCUGCGUUCAGAUUCAGUCUCAGAGAGCAGCCCCUCCAAAGCACAGAGGACCGACCCCAACUUUAAGGACACCUCUCCAAAGCUGUGUGAGAUCCUGCAGGCCCGUCUGAAGGCUCGUCGCGGCACCCAGCUCUCGAGCCGGCCGUCGCCUCGCGCCCUCCACCUCGACCCGGAGUUUGUCAACACGCCUGGCGGCGCCGUCGCCAAUCAGGCGCUAGAGCAGAGCUUGGAGACCUUCCUGGAAAGAGAGGACAAGACGGCGAACUCUGACAGCGAGGCAGGAUUAACACCGGUCAGAGCUGUUCCCCUCACGCCAGGACACAUCCACACCGAGAAUAUAAUACCAGCCGGAUACCUGAUCCCAAUCUCCCAUCAGUCCCUCAUCGGCUACAAGGAAGCUCAAUGUUCAGGGAGAGAAAGCAACAAGGCCUCAACUCCAACUUGCAACAUUUACCAAACACCAACAGCAGGCUCCAGACCUUCACCCGCCCAGGAGAUUACACCCACCAGCCUUCGUCUUCACAAACCCGUUGCUGCUGCUGCCGCCGCCUCGCCACACGCCACCCAGCAGGCCCACCGCCUCCACAGCCCCAGUCAAGCCAUCCUCAACUUCACCCUGCAGAACCUGGGUCUGAUCUCAGGCUCCAGCCCAGGAAAUGGCUUCGCUACCCCCCAGACUCCAGAGUGUGCCGGCACCAUGCCCAGCCCGCUGGCUCUGCAGCAGAGAGGCAUGGUUUUCAUCAAGCCUGUGUCGCCUGUGCCCAUCCAGCAGUCGGUAUCCGGGCAGCAAGUGGCCCUGAUCAGUUUACAACAGCCUCUGAUGACCACCCCCAAAGGGACGGGGCUCCCCCAGCACAGCUUCUUCCACACGCCGGUCCCCCUCUCCCCUCUUGCUACCAUGGUAACCAGCGGUGGACACCUGGCCACCAAUACAGUUUACAUCCCUCAGAGGAAGCUGGACGUCGCCACCGAGGACUCGUGAAAACCUCCGAAGGGAAACCUCUGAUGUCUGACGUGUGUGUGUGUGUGUGUGUGUAUAUAUAUGUUUGUACGGGUGUUUGUGUUAUGGGUGGGUUAUUCUCGCUUUUUCUUUUUUCUUUUAGCAUUUUAAAGCAUUCAUUACCUCACAGCGGGCUCACUGCCUUCAUUCACAGCCAGCUCUAAAAGUAGCUGCCGUGCAGACUUUCGGCUGUGGCCCGGUGGACACAUGGAAACCAGAUUACAGAGCGAGUUCACCAGAUACUUAUGAACACUAUUGUGAUUGCUGGUUGGAACUGGGACAACAUUUGCAUAAUCUAAUGGAGGAGAGUUAAUUUUCUUUUGUUUGUUUGUUUGUUUGUUUCACUUAUUUCUGUUAUUCUGGGAGAACACUGAUUUUUUUUUUUCCCCCCCUUUUCAAAUUACCAAGAGUAGUAAAAGUCACAUCAAUAUUAUAAAUAAAAAUAUAAGUCAGAUGGACGUUUUUUGACUGAAAGUUUGAUUGGAAACACGUUGAUUGAUUAUUUUGUUCAAUCUGGUGAUAGGACUUUUGCACACAUGUACCUGUUACCCCCUGUUAAGAAAUGUAAUUGUUAAAGAGAAUGUGAAUAUGUGAUUCAUUUUAAGACUAAUCAGACAUUUUUUGUUUAAUUAAAUUUAAUUUAUAAGGAAAUUACUUUCAUUUCUGUUGUCCUGUAAAAUGUAAAACAUUUUAAUACAUGUUUUCUAAGAACA